CAAUUGCAAGACUCAGCCUACUACUGUAAGACUCAACCUACAACUACAAGACUCAACCUACAACUGCAAGGAUGAACUCCUCAAUCUACCUAUACAAUUGCAAGACUCAGCCUCCUACUGCAAGAAUGAUCCCACAGCUUUCCGACGCCGAGUUUGAUAAAAUCGUCAAAUACCUGGGUGGUGAGCCCACUAAAGGAGAGCAAGCCGUAAUGGAAGCUGUGCGUAAGGGUGAUCAGCAGAGGGUCAGGGAAACAAGCCUGGGUCUCACUCAAAGGGCAAGCCUGCAUGCGAAGCUCGAAGCCGUUAUUCUCCAAAAGCCUGAGAUCCUACGGAUUUUGUUAGAAGAGAAUCGAUCUCUUUCCGAAACGAUUGCUGCUGAAGCGUUCACGCGCAAGGACAAGAAAUGCAUCCAGACAAUCCUCGAUUUUGGUUGGGAUAUAAACACCUGUCUUUGUUCAGUUCCACCGUUGUACUACGCCAUCAACGAUAUAGAAUUCAUGAAAUGGCUCAUCGACCGCGGAGCAGAUAUCGACAAUCGUCCAUACCUGGACCAGCCCGUUCUCAGCUAUGCCAUCGCUGCGGGCGACAUUCGAGUAGUGCAUUUCCUCCUCGCGAAAGGGGCCGACGUCAUGCACGGAAACCUCCUGCAUUAUGCUGUUGAAAGGACAGAUCAGCGUGAGGGUGCCGAGCUCAUUGAGAUACUGGCACAGAAAGGAGCCGACGUGAACGCACGCCGCCAUUUCAACGCCGCUGCCUGGCGGUUCAAGGCCAUGUCUUUUCUUCCUACACCGCUAUACCUGGCCUGCUACCACGAAAACGUCCCGGCUGUGCAUGCUCUGCUGAAACGCGGCGCAGAUCCAGCUCGAAAGAUUCUCUGCUGGGGACGUGACGGCCCAAGUGCGCUGGGGAGGGCACGCUCUCUUCACAAUCCUGAAUUGUCUGCUUUAUUGCUCCAGUUUUGUUCCAAAAUCUAGAACUGGACUGGAUCACAGUAUUGUAUGAAAUAGCACGACGGCUUUGAAUUCCAUUCUUCUUGCUUG